GCCCGCUCGGCUUCUGCUGCCGCUGCUAUGUUGCGCUGGCUGGCUCGAGUGGGGCAGGCAGUGAGCAGGCGAGUGGGUGAGCGGGGUUAUGAUGGCAGAGGCAAAGUGGAGCCGCGGCUGCUGGCUGGCUGACUCUCUAGCAGCUUCCUUUUCUUCUGCUAGAAGAGUACUGCUGUUGAUUCAGUGAGUGAAACUCUCCAGCCGUGUAUUCGUUAGUUGACUGGCCGCCUGGCUGACUGACUGUUAGCUAGUGAAUUUCGUGUGGCGUCUCCGUGUACUAAUGAUUAUUGCUAGAGGAAGAACAAAGCUCCACAUAUGAAUUAUACCACUAUGCAUGAUAUAUAUAGUGAACGGUGGUAUCGUCUUGAACACGAUGUAACGAGUGCUUGAUAAGGAUAAUUUUUUAACUAUUGUAAACUAAUUUAUAACGUAUAGGAAGACAAUAUCAACGUACGUGUGUGUGCUUGAAACCAGAUUUGCGGAAGACUCAGUAUUAGUAUUAUUUCGAGUGAUUGGUUUUAUUGCGGCGACGAUUUAUUCAUGAAGUCCUGCUAUCGGCCUGAACACCUUUCUCGCGCUACCGUUUCUGCGGAAAAAUACUGAGAAUGCCACUCUCGUGUUGUGCUGGACACCUCUCGCAGUGCUUUAAGUCGAGUGGUAUUCAAGAGGCUCCUGGUGUUGUCCUGCUACAGGCUAUCAAUUGCCCAUCAAGCACUACUGCGCACUAAAGCUGUAGUGGUCGUGGUCGUGGUGCAGAGGCGCAACAGUUUAACAUAGUUUAAGAGGCCGCUGCAAAGGGGCCUAAAGUUGAAGACCACGGAGGGCUAACCUAGACAAACGGGUGGCUGGAGCUUGUGGAGGGGGCGCCGUGGCGCUAAUGGCGCCCACCGCGCAGCCGGGCCCCUCUGCAGCUGGGGGCCUGGCGGGGGCGCACCGCCCCUACCCUUUACCCCUGCCUCCGCAUACGCACACCCAUGCCACGGUCUCUGGUAGCCAUUCUACCCAGCAGCAGCAGCAACAACAACAACACCAGCAACAGCUUCCGGCGUCUCCACGUCACCAUUCCGUUGUUGGUCAAGGGGGUCAGUUGGAUAAUCUUCAAGGACCCAUGCCAACACCGAGGCUAAAACUGCAUUCACGCUCAAGCCUCGUUGUAUCUGCCGAAGAGUUUGUACUGGGACAAAAGGAGCCUCUUUUGGUAAGCUGGGAUAUACGAGAAGACGUACAUCCGUUGGACUGGAUUGGUCUCUAUCGUACAGAUGAGACUGACCCGCAAAAGUACCUGGACAAGAAGGAGAUCAACAAGGGUCAUGCCUCCGGCAAGCAGACACUUACAGGCCGUGGUGGAGUUUUGUGGCCACUCGGAGAGACUGUCUUUAAUAACUUCGCCAAUUGCUCGCCAGAUGCUACCACUGAUGGCGCAGCGGACCACCACCGUGACCAGGUAGUGUCUUCGUGCUUUCGCUACUAUCAUGGACCGACGGCCAUGUGCAGGGCUGUUUCACCAGUUGUACAACUUUGUCGGACCAGUCAAGCACAACAGGAGAUGCUGAUGGGUUACUCAAGUCAGCAAUUCCCGCAGGAGAUGCUACGCUUCACUGUAACAAACCUGCACGCGCAAAACCUCAAACGGAGUCUGUUCUUCAGUCCCGAUCCGUACGUCAAGAUGAGCGUACAGCCGGGCCCUGGAGAGGGCGUUCUACUCUUACCACAUCAUGGGCAAGUAUUACGCACCGCCGCUGCCGAAAGCACAGUGAAUCCUCGUUGGACGCGACUCCAAUUCGAGUUUAUCGCCUAUCCGUCCGACGUGCUCGAAUUCGAGAUCAAGGACAAAUUUUCGCGGCCCCGGCCGCUUAUGAGCCGUUUCCUCGGAAAGUUGCGUGUUUCCAUACAGGAGUUGGUUGCGCAGUGUGGCGCAAAUCACGUCGCCGAGCUCAGCUACCCGUUGCUAAGUCGUAACCCUAGCGACCAGCCGAUUAGUGGUAACCUUCUAUUCAGCUUCUUCCUUGAAACAGUGGGUGCCGUCGACCCGUGGUUACACAUCCGACAGGUACAUAAUCCUGUAUUGGCCGAAGCCAGUCAGAGUUGCAGUACAGGGGGAUCUCUUUCAACGACGAGUUCGAGUACGUCACUGAGCGGACACAACAAUCCACCGCCCCCACCAGCACCAGAAUCCCCGCCAAAGAGAAGUACAUCGCUAGCACAUCGCCAGCAACAACAGCCGCUUAGGCGGGGGAUUAGUCAAACGCAAAGUUCCGAGAAUAGAAUUGGCGGAGAUGCUGUUUCGACAAUGACGACGGCAUCGACAGCGGCUGAUUUGGCAGUGGUCACAGCAACGGCGACGAAAGCGGCCACUUCUAGUCCGUGCGGACUUUCCGAAGAGGCUGAAGAUGAUGAGACUAGCAGCAACAGCAUUGAAGGAAGUGGUGCGUCAGAAGAAGGCAGCAGUGAGGUAACUGACAGGAUAGGAACCGACGAAGCAACUGGAACGUGUGCUAGACCUGCCGAAGAUGACCCACACCCACCACCACUUCCACCCAAGCAAAAAAACGUUCACAAGCCGUUGGAAAGGUCAAACGCGUCAAAUCCUGGCGGAGACGAGUAUUCCGUUACGUCGCCGACAGCAACCACAGCCGCAGGCGGAUCUGGCAACACAGGUGCAUCUGCAGCCAGCUAUUCUUUUGGAGGCAUGACAAACGGAAUUAUAGUGGGGAGUGCGGGCGCUGCUCCAUUUGCAACAAGCUGUGAUAGUUCCUCGACCAGCAGUGAAGAUGAAGGAGUCCUGGACAACCAGACAGGACCCGACGAUGACGGAGCUGAAAAAGAGGCGGUUCUUGAAACAGACAACCGAGCAGGCGUAACAGGACUGAUAGGAAAUAUCUCACAUCUAUCACUUGAACACUGUUCCCUUCCGCCCCUACCGACAGCACCUCAACAGACGAGAAGGCCUAGCUCCAGUAGCAUUGGUUCUAAUCGUGUGGGGUGUUCAAAUAUAGAAGAGUCGAUGUGCAGUAGCAGUUGUUUAGACGCGCCACCUGACAUGUCUGUCUUCAGUUGUGUGAUCAGGGGCGAGUCCGUAGAAAGUUGUGAACUGGGCUGUUCUCCCUCGGUAAGUUGUACGCAACUGAUUGACUCCGGGGGAGUGCCGCAGGGCGGCACUAAUUUCCAUGGGUUCGAUUCUGCGACAAUGGGCGCAUCUGUCAGUAACGUAACGCUUGGGACCUCUGUUCACCAGACUCAGCAACAGCAACACCACGCUGCGCAUCAAAACAAUGAUGGCGGUGCUGUGAUAGUAUCGUCCACGGCAGUAUCAGUAGGAAUGGAUGUGGGCAGUCAUGAGGAGAGAAGUUUGGACUCGUCUUCGUCGUCCAGCGGAUGCUCGCAGAUAACGAUGACGGAUGAGCCCAGUCUUUCAGAGGACGGCGACUCCGAUUCAUCUGAUGAUGACUCGGAAGAGCAGAGCCACGAUAACAAUAAAGCCAAUCGACGUACCUGUGCUGCCCCCAGAAACUCACCAUGCCAGGUAGUUUCGGGAGGGCAAGACGCUGAAGUUACAGGACAUAGCCCGUCAAGUUUACAGGCGCUUACACAGGAGUCGGUCCCGCAUAGCAAUUGCGCGGCAGCCUCCGCAUCGGCUGACGGUGCUGGCGAGGCCGCUCCCAGCUGUCCGCUAAGAACGGAGAGCCUGCGAAGGAGCGAUAUGCCCCCCACAGACAAUAACAACGCUAGUAGCAACAACUUAUCAAUGACGAGGCGUCAGGUUCCACUUAGUGCUGAGGAUCGCGAUCCACAGGCGGUCCUAUCCGGCGCGAGUCUAACUAGCGAUCGACCGCCGUCUCUCAUUCAUUCCCAUGGCGGUAGCCAGCAAAAUAGUGACGAGCAAAGGGAAGAAGACAGAAUUGACGGCGGCAGCAGCAGGGACACGACGGCAGGUGGGCGAAACACAAUCACGCGGUUACCUUCCAUUCCUGAACGAACAAUUCGCUAUCAGCGGGUAGACGUCGACGAUCCGUUACCAAUGGACUGGGAGGCGCGAAUCGAUUCUCAUGGCCGCAUUUUCUACAUCGAUCACGUUAAUCGAACGACAACGUGGACCCGGCCCACGGUCGCCCCCAGUGGGACAACUACCACAACUGGCCAGGUCGGCCUGGCGACGCCCGCCUCCGCCUCAUCUCUGUCUACCGAGCAGCUACAACGGCAACAGCUUGAUCGGCGGUACCAGAGUAUUCGGCGUACAAUGAGUAUGAGUCGACAGUACGGCAGUUUACUUCGGGAACAACACCAAUCACAACGAGAUCAGCAGGGAUCGGCUGCGGGCCAUCAACAACAGGCUGGCGGCGAUUCUCAUCAUCCUUCAUCGCACCAUCAUCAUAAUCAUCACAGUCAUACACACAAUCCGCGACUCGCUUCUAUCCUUCCUCAGCCAAAUCUGACGAUCCAGAACGGCAUCAUCAAUUUGCAGACAAAUCCGCAGCCAUCCCCGCCUAGUGGGGUCAUGCUUUCGCCUGGGCGCAGUUCGCCACCACCACCUGCACCUCCUGUUACGCCCAUGGCAUCGGUGACGACAGCGAGCAGUUCUUCCCCUGAUAGUUGCCUGUUAGACAGCGGAUUCGUUGGUAGCCCCUUAGGGGAACUGCCAGCCGCACAGCCUGCACAGGCUACCGUUACUGCACCUGCUUCUGCUGCUGCUGCUGCCUCGGCACAGGCUUCUGCCAUAAUCGGUAGUCAUAAGCCAUCCGGGGCCUCGAAGUACCUGAAGCUCCCCGCGGUUCGAUUCCUGUCCCGCUCAGACUUCUUUAAUGUCCUACAUAUGAACGAUGAAGCGUUAGCGCAAUAUAAUCGCUCAUCGAGUCUGAAGCAUAUGAUCAGUAAAAUCCGAAGGGAUGUCUCCAGCUUCGACCGAUAUCAGCACAACAGGGACCUCGUAGCACUGCUAAAUCGCUUCGCCGAUAGAAACAAGGAUUUACCUAGGGGUUGGGAAACCAAACUCGACCGAAGCUCGAAACAGUUCUUCAUCGAUCACGGAACACGAACAACGACAUUUAUUGAUCCACGUCUUCCAUUGGACGUGCCCUACCUCUAUCCAAAUAAGCCUGUCGUACCCCUAGCUGCUCGAAGAGCUACCCGAGGGGAUGCACAAGCGAGCUCUCAGCUCUCUCAGUCGCUAAACGCGGCUGCUGCGGCGGCAGCGGCAGCAGCAGCAGCGGCAACCGCGGGAAAUGGAACAGCUACCGUGGCGUCGGCCCAAACUGGCACCAUCAGCCCCGCUGGGUCAGGCAUGCAAGCCCCUCUUGGACCUGCAAGCAGAUCAGGAGCAACGCCGGCAGAUGAAGGUGAUGGUGCGGCGUGUUCACGUCCAAGGCCGUCGUCCUCUCCACAACCGCAACCGGUUCCUCCGCCUCGGCCCCCACAAACAGCUCCACCGUCUGCAGGCGCUGCAGUUCCCCCGGUACCAUUGGCUCCAACGGCGUACAAUGACAAAGUCGUCGCCUUCCUACGACAGGCAAACAUUAUGGAUAUAUUACGCGAGCGCCAGCCAUCGAUCCGCGACAAUAGUCAGCUGCGCGACAUGGUCAAUCAGAUUCGGCAGGAAGGUGUUACAGCUCUUACCCGCCUCAGUCACGACGUCGAUCUCACAAUUCUGCUUAGCCUCUUUGAACAGGAAAUCAUGUCCUAUGUGCCAGCUGCUUUAUCACAGGCCGCGCAGAAUUCCCCACACUCGUCACCCGCUAUGCAAAGGUCAAACGUUCGAGCUCCUGCGCCAUACAAACGCGACUUCGAGGCUAAAUUGCGUAGCUUCUAUAGGAAGCUUGAGUCAAAAAGCUACGGCCAGGGACCUUCAAAACUGAAGUUGAACAUCCGCCGGGACCACGUAUUAGAAGACGCUUUUAAUAAGAUAAUGGCUGCAAGUAAAAAGGACCUGCAGAAGAGCCGAUUGUACAUUGGCUUUGCAGGUGAAGAAGGCCUUGACUACGGUGGACCGUCGCGGGAGUUUUUCUUCCUGCUUAGCCGCGAGCUUUUCAACCCAUAUUACGGCCUGUUUGAGUAUUCGGCCAAUGACACAUACACUGUUCAGGUAUCACCGAUGUCUGCCUUUGUUGACAACCAGCACGAAUGGUUUCGUUUUUCAGGCCGGGUGCUCGGUCUGGCUUUAGUGCAUCAAUUCCUACUGGAUGCAUUCUUCACACGACCGUUCUAUAAGGCGCUGCUUCGUCUGCCUUGCUCCCUCAGCGACCUUGAAUAUCUCGAUGAAGACUUUCACCGUUCAUUGCAGUGGUUACGGGACAACGAUAUUUCCGAUCUCGGUCUUGAGCUGACAUUUUCGGUCACCGAAGAGGUUGCCGGAAAGACCCUAGAAAAAGAGCUUAAACCGGGCGGCCGAAACCUUCAAGUGACUGAGCGAAAUAAGAAAGAAUACAUUGAUAAAAUGGUGAAAUGGAGACUAGAGCGCGGUGUCGCUGAACAAACCGAGAGUCUUGUCAAAGGGUUUUACGAGGUGAUCGAUUCACGCUUAGUGAGCGUGUUCGACGCCCGUGAGUUGGAAUUGGUAAUUGCUGGAACAAUGGAAAUUGACAUCCACGAUUGGCGAAAGCACACAGAGUACCGCUCGGGGUACCACGACUCGUAUCCUGUCAUCCAGUGGUUCUGGAUGGCUAUUGAAAGAUUUGACAACGAACGCAGAUUACGACUUCUGCAGUUUGUCACAGGAACCUCAAGUAUACCGUACGAAGGAUUUGCAGCACUUCGCGGUUCAAACGGGCCCCGAAAGUUCUGUAUCGAGAAGUGGGGAAAGCCAACCAGUCUCCCAAGGGCACACACAUGUUUCAAUCGGCUGGACCUACCCCCGUAUACGUCAUUUGAAAUGCUCUAUGAAAAGUUGUUGUUAGCCGUUGAGGAAUCAAGCACCUUUGGAAUCGAGUGAAGCGAAAAAUGUUCAGAAAAUACUAGAUACUUUGAUCGCGUAUGGCGACAAAUCUGAAACGAGGUGCAAAUAUAGGGGAAACAAUAUUGAGGCGAGGUGGACCAUAAGACGUGCCGAAUGCUCUGUGAUUUUAUGUAAAUACUAAUUAUACGAUAUAUAUGUAAUAGUCGCACCGAAGGGGUCUCAUAUCCUACUGCGCUGUCCAGACUCGUGAUUGCUGGCCAACCUAUACCUGAUAAGUACAGAGUGCAGCUUGUAAAACACAUCAUUUUUUUCGAUUGGCUUCACUGUGAAUUAUCGUUGAACUCGACCAUUAUCGUUUCAUCAAUUUCGGCCAUUUACUGGUUCGCUAAGAGGUUAGAGAUAUGGCCAAAUCGGUAGCAAUGGCACAAGGUCGAAUUUGAUUGUUCUUGGUUGGACAAGCCAUAUAACUGUACCAGCAUAUUUUUCUAUUACAAUAUUGUUUCUAGACAAACAGCUUUUGAAUCGACAAAACACUGAUCUAAAAUGAAAAUGGACAUUGGUCACAUAGAUAUUCAACGCAUCGAUCGAAUCGGCACAUUAUUCCAAUUAGAAUGAGAAACAUCAAUAUUAAACACGUGACGGUGAAAGUAGGUGCAGUACUCAUGAUGAAAUGACGUGUACUAAACGGAAGACGAGUGUUCAUAGCAUUUAAAAAAUGUCCGAAAAAUGACACAAAUGUUAUUAAAUCGUAAAGGGAACAGAAAGAUAAAAAGACUGAAGAAACUGAACGUAAACAAACAGAACAGAAAUUGGAAAAGAUGGACACAUCUACGGGAUCCUCCACCCAUUUCUACGAGAAGUUGUCAUAGUUUUUUUUCCAUGAUAGCUUAUUUUGACAUCUCGUGUGGACAUACAAGGUUACAGUACAUCAUAUGGUUGCUUACUUACUGACCGGCUGGCUGAAAUACGGCGAUUUGUUCAGUGUGCCUGUUGGGCUUAGCCAACUUGCUUUGCACCGUGUGCGUCGUAGCUUUUGCUUACGCACACUUCUGCAUAUUUUCGAAUGAAAAUAAAAGGGUCGGCGCAUAUGACCGAUGAAGAUGGAAAUUACGACAUAACAUAUGAGGUAUAUAACGCAGCACAGCGUUCAAGCUAAAUGUAGAUACUAAACACCAGUAGACAUUUCCUCAAUGCUGUUUCUUUCAUGCAAAUAAAUAACGAAUGAUAAGUAAGUGAUGCUUUGGCCACUGCCUUGGAGGGCCCAAGGGAGAGGCAUUAACAGUUCUGUCACUGUAUGCGCGCUAAAAUUAGGUAUAUAGGUAUAUAUAUAUAUAUGCCUUCUUUAAUUCCGUAACCAUCUGCUUGAGCAUAAUGUUGAUACAGUAUGAAACGUACGCAUCCUGACGGAAUCAAGAGAGACUUCGUGUAUAUAGUUGAAGCAAUUGAAAGGUUGGCGAAUAAUACGAAAUGACGACGAAUGUAAUACGUAAGCACCAGGCCUGCCUAAAACAAUAGCGAAUAACAAAGAGCGUGGGACAGUUUCGAACUUUGGAGAAUCGAAGCAUACAUCAUUGGUGAGAAAAACGUAAAUGUAAGUUACUAUCCGAACGGACUUCCUUUUGACCCGCGUAUGGCCUCGUCACAAAGCGUAGUAUCUGCUAAACGCUCAUCAUAUAUAUACUUCGUUGUAUAUAUAUCACUGAAGAACAAAUAUAU